AUAUAUGGGGGAUGACGAGCACGUGUGGUUGAGUGGGCAUUAAUUGAGUCGGCAAGAGGAUUAAAAGAAAAGGGACUGUACGCAGAGUGAAAGAUGCAGCGAUUGGGUGUCGACCAAGGACAAGCUGCCAUGGAAGGCUGACAAAGCAAAGACCAGUGGUGAGUCAACCAACAUUUGUGAGCUCACCCCAUAAUGAGAAGAUCACUUAAAAUAGCAAGACAGCUCUAAGACCCCUUGGAGAUGCCGAGACCUCGAUGUCUGAUCAAACAAGUUUUAUGGACACCAUGUCUCGUCGUACCAGAAAUAAUCGUGCCUGGCGGUAUGUGUACAGCGGUAUUCGAGAUACUGAUGCUGCAGCUGUAGUGAUGCCUGAUGGAUCAGUUGGUCCUGGCCCUGGCUAUGACUCAGAUGGUCAGCACAGUGACUCCGAUUCUGAACCAGAAUUCCACUUGCCACCGUCCAUCCCAACAGCACUACCUGUGACGGGGGAGUCAUACUGUGACUGUGCGAGUCAAAGUGAUGCCCGGUAUUGUGGUGGUAUGCGUAGCUUCCAUCGCAUGAAGGAUUGUCACUGUGGCGAGGAGGAUGAAUAUUUUGAGUGGAUGUGGGAUGAUUCUACCAAGUCCUCAGCUACACUGCUGAGCUGCGAGAACAGAGAAGUAAAUUUCCACAUGGAUUACAGUUGUGGAACAGCAGCCAUCCGUGGGGACAAGGAAAUGAGUGAAGGCCAGCACUUCUGGGAAAUAAAAAUGACGUCGCCUGUAUAUGGUACAGAUAUGAUGGUAGGAAUAGGAACAACUGAUGUCAAACUGGACAAAUUUCGUCAUACCUUUUGCAGUCUACUGGGAAAAGAUGAAAAUAGUUGGGGGCUCUCCUAUACAGGUGUACUACAUCACAAAGGUGCCAAGAUUCACUUCUCAACAAGAUUUGGGCAAGGCUCUAUCAUAGGUGUUCAUUUGGAUACCUGGCAUGGUACCCUGACAUUCUUCAAAAAUAGAAAAUGCAUAGGAAUCGCAGCUACUAAGCUGCAGAACAAGAAGUUCUUUCCAAUGGUUUGUUCAACUGCAGCAAGGAGCAGUAUGAAAGUGAUUAGAUCACGUUUCUCCCCAACCUCUCUCCAGUAUCUCUGCUGCCUAAGGCUGCGACAGCUAUUACCUGAUCACAGUGACAAAUUGGAGGUUCUUCCCCUACCCCCGGGUUUGAAGCGCAUACUCCGCAAUCGAUUGGGUUGGGUUCUUUCUAUGAAUCAUGAAGGCAGUGGCAAAGAGGCUGCAUGCAGCUCAUCGGGCAGUGAUUCUGAAAGUUCAUUAGUAGACACUGAAGCUUGCCAACGGAAAAGGUGUCGGCGGACUUAACACUUUUGUAUUGGUUUGAUUUUCUCUUUAAAUCAUGACUGCAAUUUUAACUGCCGCAGUUGCAAAACUUAGUAUGGACAUGGACCAGUGCUGCUACAUGAUGAGCCAAAUGCAAGAUGAUCAAAGCGCUCUACUUUUUUAAUGCUUCUCGCUCCUCGCACCAAACUAUUGGAAACUGUAUAACUAGUGAACUGGGAUUGGCAAGAAAUGCGAGAUGAUGGCUGAAGGCACUCUUCAGAAUAAAGUACCUGUGUAUUUCAAGAAUUCUUCUCAAUCUGCUUUUUGUAGGUCGUCUAGUGCUUUCACCUUUUAAAACAAAUUAAAUACUCAGCUUGUCUAAAA